ACUGUUAGAGCUUUUACUCUUCUUCAACCAACAGUCUCAUCUGUUUUUAAAAGAUGAACCAGCAGGAUUGGACACGCAUCUUUGAUGAUCAAAUUGCAAUUCUAAGUGGUAAAGGAGACACUUGGAAUCUGGUGUUUGAUGAAAGUAUUGAGCCCAAUAAUCCAGACUAUGGCUGGACGAAAUACUUCAGGAAAACAACUGCAAGAUUCAGCUGCACCUCAUGUAGGAGAACUUGGCCUUCAAACCGGGUUAUGGUGAUUUUCCACAUGCGCCUAAUGGGUGGGCAAGGCACUGUCAAGGUCAGGCCUGCACGUCAAGAAUGCAAGAGAUGUACCAGUGCAGCGAUGGUGAAGCCAUUGGUUGAGCCAGAAAACAUUCGUAUCCUGAUGGAGAACCUAGUCCAGAAAGUUAGAAGAAAUUGCUACCAUGAAGACAUCGGAGAGCCAAACAGGAGGUCCAACAGCCUUGAUGUCAAGAGUCCCCAUGAGCCUAAACAUUGUGAGGGAUGCAGGUUAGGAAUCUGUACCAGAGAUUGAGCUAAUAAUGAUAAACUUAUUGAAAUUAUCUACAAAAUGCCUCUUUCUUUCUCUCUCUAUGUUUAUACUUCUGUGUUUUGUUAUUGUGGGUGUUAAAUCUAUAUUUAUUGGUUAUUACAUGAAACUGCUUUCAUUAAUAAUGAGAUAUAAAAUGUCUAUGUAUUAUUUCAAUUCAAAGUAAAUGUGUCUUAAUAGGAUUUGAUGAAAAGGUACCUCUAACUGAUUCGUCAUUGUGGUAAACUGGCCUUUAAACAUAAGAAUAUAUACAUUUUCUAAGUUUAACUUUAAGAA